GCGAUUGUGCUUUGGAGAAAAGUGUGUCGCGACGUCUCGAAAUUCGUCAACAACGUCUUUUAGUAAGUUUUACUCUGAUCUAAGAAACCUUGAGACUUUGAGGCAGUGCCAGACGAUUUUUUUAAGGUUUUGGGGAUUGAAGGAAGGCGGGAUUCUGAGACGAAUGCCGGCGGAAGAGCAAGGAAAACGCACAAGAGACCGCGAGAAAGACAGGAACUUUCAGACAAACAUGGCGGAGAAGGAACACUACUCCUCCAGGAGACGAUCUCCUUUGGUGGAGAAGAAGUCCAAAGACUCUCAGAGGAGGAGAGAGGAGGAGAGGUUAGACCGCAGACACACAGACAGGACAGAGCAGCGCUCACGGAGCCCAGCAAGGAACCGUGGGGAGGACAGCCGGGAUAGAGGGAGGGAGAGAAGCAGGGAGAGAGAAAGGAGGAGAGACAGAAGCAGAGAGAGGGACCACAGACGAGUGGACAGGGGUGUGAGGGAGGGGGAGAGAGGGGGGAGGCAGCAGCACAGAAGAAGGGAUGAACGGGAGAGAGAGGAAAGAAAGUUUGUGAGAGUGAAGGAAGAGAGGGACAGGAAUGACGAGAGAAGACGAGAGGAUAAACAGAGGAAACCUGAGAAUCCCUUCCAGACAGAAGAGGGCACAGAAGGUGGGGAGGAAGAAGAAGCCAACAAGGACCAACCCAACUUUGAACUCUCAGGAGCACUGACGGAAGAGACCAACAAGUUCCGAGGAGUCGUGAUAAAGUAUCGUGAGCCGCCCGAGGCUCGCAAACCGAGGAAACGGUGGCGGCUAUACCCCUUCAAGGGUGAAGAGGCGUUAAAACCACUCCACAUCCACCGGCAGAGCGCGUACUUGCUCGGGCGCGAGAGACUCGUGGCAGACAUACCAAUAGACCACCCGUCGUGCUCGAAACAGCACGCCGCGCUCCAGUAUCGGCUGGUGGACUACGAGAAACCGGACGGCACGACGGGGCGGCGCGUGAAACCGUACAUCAUCGACCUGGAGUCGGCAAACGGCACGUACGUGAACAACCAGAGGAUAGAGGCCAGUCGGUACGUGGAACUGAUGGAGAAAGACGUGGUGAAGUUCGGGUACAGCUCGCGGGAAUAUGUUCUCCUGCACGAUACCUCCGACACCUCAGGGGUGCAGGCCGGGGAGGAUGAUGAAGGGUUGGAUGACUAGACAUACUUCAUGCCCGUAGCCAGGAUUUUGAAUGGGGGGUUCUUCCCAAAUUAUGUCCGAGGGACCAGCGAGUGCCAUAGGCACGAGGCGAGUGCUGAAUUGGC